AAUAAAAAUUUGGCGAAAAGACACUUAAGAGGUUUUGUUUGAUGUAUAAAGUUCGGACUUUAUUUUUUCAGAUAAAUAUUUAUAAUUAAAGACAAAAAUGAAUAACGAAAAAAUAUUCGGAUUAGGAGAAAGAAGGUCCUCAUUUUAAUAUUCAUCUGGAAAAUAUACUAUAUGGAACGCAGAUGCUGCCAGAAUAGAUAACGGAACUCUCGGUUAGUAAAUAUAUGGUGCCCAUCCAAUGUAUUUAAGGAAAGAACACGAAUAAAAUAAAUUCCAUGUUGUAUUUUUAAGAAAUUCUUAUGGAAUGGAAAUUGAUUAUGAAUAAAAUUAAUCAUUAAUGUAUAAAGUUAUUGGAGGAAAUUUCGAUUUUAAAUUUUUUUUAGGAAAUAAUCCUGAAGAAGUAAUAAAAAUGUAUCAUUAGUAUGUAAAUGGGUGGAUUUUGCACCCUUUUUGGGUGUAAGGUUUUCAUUAAUGUAGAUGGGGAUACAAUAAUUCUGAUUAAUUAUAAGAAGUUUGGAAUAAGUUUAAUUAAUUAUAAAUUCCAUUAGAUUCUUUAUGGACUGAUAUUGAUUAUAUGAAUAGUUUUUAAGAUUUUACAUUAGAUUAAAAAAGAUUUAAUUUAAAUACUAUGAAAAAAAUAUAUAAUUUAUCAGAUAAUUAGGGUGUGCAUUGGAGUAGUAUAAUUGAUGUUGGAAUAGCUAUAAAUUCUGAUUAUGCUAAGAAAGGAAUCGAAAUGAAUACUUUUAUUUAAAGUGCAAAAACUAAUAAACCAUUAGUUGGUUCAGUUUGGCCAGGAGAUACUUAUUAUCCUGAUUUUAAUCAUCCUAAUUCUACUUAAUUUUGGUUUGAAGGAUUUUAAAAUUUAACUUAAACAACAGGUUUAUAACAAGAUGGUAUAUGGAUUGAUAUGAAUGAGUUUUCGAAUUUCGUUAAUGGAGAAAUUAUUAAAAAACACUAAAAUGUAAAAUUAAAUUAAUAAAAUAAUGAUAUACCAUUUAAUCCUUAAGGAAAUUAAGAUUUAGAAUUUAAAACAUUAUCAUUGGAUGCCAAAUAAUAUAAUAAAUAAGACGCAGAACUAAUUUAUAUACAAAAUUACAACUUAACAUAAUAUGAUAUGCAUAAUCUAAAUGGAUUUUCAGAAAGUAUAGCAACAUAUAAAAUAGUUAAGAAAAUGGGAAAAAAAUUGACAUUUAUAUUAAGUAGAAGUACAUUAUUUGGCAGUGGAAAAUUUGUAUAGCAUUGGAAUGGUGAUGGAUUUUCAAAUUGGGAUUAUUUAAGAUUAUCUAUACCAGGAAUAAUGAAUUUUUAAAUGUUCGGAAUACCUCUUGUAGGAGAUGAUAUUGGUGGUUUAAAUGGAAAUGUUACUCCAUAAUUACUUGCUAGAUGGUAAUAAUUAGGCUCUUUGUAUCCUUUUUCCCGAAAUCAUAAUGGAAUAGGCUAUAUUUCUUAAGAACCUUAUGCUUUUCCUGACUAUCCUUAUGUUUUAUAGGCAUCUUUGAACUCUUUAAAUAUUAGAUAUCAACUAUUAAAAUUUUAUUAUCAUCUUUUUGUCAGAUAAGGAGGUGUAGGGACUGUUUUUAGACCUCUUUUUUUUGAAUUUCCAAACGAUUUGAAUACUUUUGAUAUUGAAUUCUAGUUUAUGUUAGGUGAAUUUUUAUUAGCAGCUCCAGUUUUGAAAGAGGGAAAUGAAUAAACUCAAAGUACUCUAAUUGAUAUUUAUAUCCCUGAAGGAGAUACAUUUUAUGAUUUUUAUAGCAAGUAGCCUUAUAAAGCAGGAAAAUAAUAAUUAGAUGUACCAUUUAGUGAUUAUGUGCCAUUGUUUAUUAGAGGCGGGAAAAUCGUUCAUAUUUAAGAUAACUAAAAUGUAUUAAGAACCUCAGGUAGUAUGUUAACUAUUGAAGAUUAUAAUAAUGAUGAUAAUAUAGUCAAUAAUUGUUAGGAAAACAAUAAUAAUUGUGUUAUGAAUAUUUUUGCUUAAGAUUAUUAUUGCUGGGAUUAAAGUAAAUGA